GGAGUCUAGUAAUCACUUCAAGCUCAACUGCCCUUACUAGCGGCUUAGCUGCUUACCGGUGCUGUGUUCCCCCUUCCAUUAUAUAUAAUAUGUGUUAGCAUCUCCUUGUCAGUAUGGGAAGCCUAUCUACAUCUACACUGUCCUCAACGCCAUGGUUCCGUCCUAUUCCGCUAAGCUUUAUGUGACUACUGACAAAACAGCACUCGCCGAAGAACAACCCCUCCCCGAAGCCCUCCGUCGCACGUCCCUUUCAACGAGGGUACUCUGUUUUUUGGCACUUGGACGCCCAGACUUUGAUGAUCAUUGGAAGUCGCUGCAAUCAGACCAAGCGUUCGAAACCAUUAGGAGCAGGUCAUGCUCUAUUCUGGCCAGCACUAUCACCACAGCAACUGUCCUCCUCGCUACAAGUGUUGUUUUCGUCAGUACGGCCUCUCCUGUGUCAUACUUUGACUACACGUCACCCGCUCCCUAUUGUCUGCUAUUUAUAUCGCUCAUGCUCGCCAUGAUGGCGAUAUUGACAUCCGGUUCAAGCAUGAUACGCUGGCUACACACUGAUAGGCAGUGGACUCAAGAACAACUCAAGCUGGGCGGCUACUUCGUCUUUUCCUACCUGUUAUCAAUAGUCACGCCCAUAUUCUUCGUCGCCUGGUCCCUACAUUGUUUUAUCUUUGCGAUGUUGAUAGCGGGCUUUUGCUCCCACAGCACGAUCUACCUCAUAGUAACUGCACUCUGGCUUGUUAUGUACGUCGUUAAUAUUGGAACGAUAUUGAUGCAAUCUAUGUGGAAGUAUACGGCAUUGUGAUUUCAAUGGGCCAUGCUCGAUAUCGUUUAUAUCUUCCAUUUUCUACUUUGCUCCUUCUCUUUGUCUUAUUCGUGCUUUGUCUAUGUUAUAUAUAAUCUUUCUGAUGUGGCGCGCACCUGCAAGGCGUGCUCAAAAUGUAGUUG